UUUAAUUCCAGCGCGAAGUUCAUGUGGUCCAGUCAAUGCCCGUCACUCCAUCGAGUCAAUUGAUGAUACGUUUCAAAACGAUUCGUGGACACUGCACGUUGAUGUGCCUUCUGGUUGGUUGUCAUGACCUGUCUCUCAGAUCUCGCAGAUUAUAGUAUUUUCUUUCCCUGUAUGCUCAGGAACUACUUGAACGUCAGAUUCUCACGAUGUUCCGGCAUAUGUGCUUCAUUCGAUGACCGCACUCUUUGAGUACUUUCAAUACGUUAUCUAUCAAACCACGGUAGAGGUGAGAGUGUUUGCAAGAUCAGCUGGCCGUUGGAGUAGGGCUUAUUCGAUUCGGAAUCUUGAUGCCAAAGUCAUGUAUGUCUCGCAGUCAAAUCGGACGCCCUUCGAAGUCGAGGGCCUCGAAUUACGCGAGCCAGUGAUAGCGUUUAGCGGGGAAGCACAGCGCUCUUUGGCUGAUCCCCUGCAAGAGGUGACUACGCUGCGAAAUCGGAUUGCUUUCAAUGACGCCUGUAAGUUGGUCAUGGUGGGCGGCCGUGGAGCCGGACAGUCAACUCUUGCCGAAACGGUCGUUGAAACCAUUUAUCCUGGGAAGUUCGUGAAAAUCACAAUCCCGCCUGCCAGCAUCGACGCCGUCGUAUCCGUCUUCCAGCCGCAAUCUCGGCAACUCGAUAGGACGAUAAACAUCCGCCAGGCAGCUGAACUACAUUUCGCCUUGAUCCAAGUCGUCAAAUACGGCUGCUAUCGAUGCACAGGAGAACGACGCAUCAUAGCGCAUGAGAUUCAGACUAUGGGGAAGACCUCACUAAACGGUUUCCGAGGAAAGGAUCCGCUGGUGGAAUUAUUCUCGCAAGCUCUUACGCUCCUCAAUACUUGGAGGCAGGACAUCCUCCUGCCUCCAAAGAUUGGGGAGAUGGCAAGUUUUAUGUCUCGCGACCAUUUGGACGCAACGGCGUCAUUUCGGUUUGAGGACCCUCGUGCCAUGAUUCGACUCGAAGCUCUUUUCGGUGGUGUAGCCAAAUACUACCGUCAGCUUGUUCAGCGGAAUUUACUGAACGAAGAUAUCUUGAAUCUGGAAUUGAGAGGCAGUUACGGACCACCAAGUCAUAGACCUGGAGUGGUUGCGGGAAACCUGGCAAAUACGGUGUCUGCGACUACCCCAGGCCGAUGAAUCAGUGUCCUCCUCUCCACUUUUGGGGGCUUGUUAUCUCUCCCAUCAAUGCUUCAGUUCAGGGUGCAUUUAGGUGUUGCAAAUACUGCUGUGGUUUCGCUGGAUAGUAGAUCUAGACCAAGGGACAAGAAUCAGUCCGGCACACCAGUUCACAACUCUUUUGCCG